CUAGCAGCAGCCGCUCUCAGUCUCUCUUUCUACAGGAUUGUCUUCUUCCCGUAGAAGCUCUCGCUUCCACCGGCCAUGGCGGUUCUCGUAGGCUGCUGAAUUUCAGGCGGCGCCCGUCUCCCCCAUCCCUCGUUUCGAGUCAGGUGCGGGGAUUUCUGUUGCUUUGAAGUUCGUCGAAUUCGAUUGCUCGAUCUCAAAUCAGCUUGUUUAUCGUUAUGCGCUCUGUUUAGCUUCUUCUUCGUUGUUUUACUAGGAUCGGUUGACUCGUGUGUUCAACUUUUCCUCGCCUCCGUCUAGAUUUUAGGGGUUUUCCAUCUCUCUAAUGGAUAUUUCCGCUGGGAUAUUUUUUGUUUGUUUCUCCGGGUUCUAUUAUUAGGGAUUAUUGACUCUGGACUCACUAUUCGCUCCGCCUAAAGAGAAGGCGAAUUUUGAUUCGAUUUUCCGGCUGCUUUGUUUAUUUUUAUAAUUGUAUUUUAGUUUCUCUAUUGGGAUUUGGUUUGUUUGUUUUGUUUGUUACCUAUGAUGUGAGCUGCCAGAGGGGUUUUGUUCUUGUUUGGUGAGAGUUGGUGUGAAUGAUAUACAAAACUGUACCUGGGUUCUUUCCUCUUAUGGUGAUAUUGCUGUUCCAGUGCUGGGUUUGAAAUUUUGAGCAUGUGAUUGGGAGUUUCUUCUUAUCCAUACCAGAAUAGUCUUCUUUAGCGUGCUUUGAGAAUGGGAGGCGCUUGUUGCGUUGCUGCUAGAGACAGAAACAUAGUGAGUGGACCUGGAAGUGAUAUCCUGCACAGGAAUAUUCGGCAUUCACCAACAUGGAGCUUUAGGUGGGAUAACCGACGGCGGGUAGCUGGUGAAGAUGCUUCGAUAAGCUGGUUUUCUAAUGAAACCAGUCGAAACGAUGGAUCCGAUGCUAAAUAUGAAUCAACCUAUGCAUCGGAAGAUGGGAGUCCAUCAACUAGUGCUAGGAGACAUACAUUUCAGAAGUCUCCUCUAUCUGACAGGGCUCUGGGCCCCCUAACUACUCCUGCUUCAGAUCAAUCCAUAUCAAGGAAUGCAUCGAUGGAUACAAAUGUGGAACAGGUGAAGGAGACUGAAGGGCCCCCGGCAACUUCAAAUCACUAUACCUCCAAUUUAUCCCUUUCAUUGCCUUCAACUUCAUCGUUGUCAAACUCUCCUAUGUCAACGGCUCAAAGCCACUUGCUUCCCGCCAGCUCAACCAAGGCAACAUGGUCCCCAGGGCAAGAAGCAUCGGGCAGCAAAAAUCCAGAAUUGAAGACAGGUAGUGAAGACAACAGGUUUACAAAUCCCUCAUGGAGCAAUGAAUCUACUCGAGGCUCCCAUGGAGGGUCUUCCGAUAGUUGGUCUAUGCUUGCAUUCUCUGAACUCAUGGCCACAUCUAAUAGAGAGAGAUGGUCCUUCGACACCACCGAGUCAUUGGGGGGUUCCAAUCGGGGGAAAACCAGAGGGCACGGUCACCAAAAAUCUGCUUCUUCUUUCUCUAUGGAUCUACAAACAUGUGGAAUAUGCUUGAAGCUACUAACCGAGAAAUCCGUGUGGAGCACCCGGAAGCUUAUUGCAAGCAACGAGCUAUCUGUUGUUGCAGUUUUAACUUGUGGCCAUGCUUACCAUGCCGAGUGCCUGGAGACUUUGACACCAGAAAUUACCAAGUACGACCCGUCUUGCCCUAUAUGUACACUCGGGGAGAAGCAGACUCUGAAGCUGUGUCGGAGAGCCAUGAAAGCUGAGAUGGACUUGAAGGCGGCCAAGAACAAGAAAUCCAGGAGCCGAGUUGUGGACAGUGAUCCUGAUGAGGAUUCCUUAAAUGGUGAUCAUGUCAAAUUUCCUGGACGUGAAGAAAGGAAAGGUCCCAAGUUGGGUUCCAGUUCCAGCAUGAAAACCAGCACAUCGAAACCUUUCUUGAAGCGACAUUUUUCAUUCGGAUCGAAGGGGGCUAGAUACACAUCAGAGAAUCAUCAUUCGACUAAAAAGAAGGGAUUCUUCUGGACGAGAUCUCUCAAGGGAUGACGAUCUCCGCUUUCUAAUCAGCUAUAGUACCAGAUUCUAGAAUGGAUCUCCUAUGCAUUGGGAAAAGAUGGCACGUCUGUGGUAGAAGAGAAAAGAAGAGCAUCUAUUCUUUGCCUAGGACGAUUGCACAUCUUUGAGAUGUGUCAACCACGCUUAUGAUUGUGGUUGUGGGAACUACACUUGUAAAGAUAAGGAAUUUGUAGUAGGAAAAGGUAAAAAGAGAGAAGGGUCCACGUAGGGAAGAAGAACUCAGUCAGUUCAAAGGAAGAAGGAAGAAGGAGGGCGCCACAGUACUCAAUGGUGUCCUUAUAUUAUGUAUAGAUUGAUUCGUUUUCCUGUUUGUUGCUUGGAAACUAUUCAAUGAAUCUUCUGGGAAUCCAACUCAUAUGCUUGUAUCUGGCGAUUUCUUGUGUUCUACUUUGGUUUCAAUCUGACCACUGUAUUCUGUUUGCGGUCAGGUCAGUCCAGUGUACGUGUUAAUGUGUAUGGUGAAUUUCAAAGGGUAAAUGAAAAAGCAGGUUUGGAUCAAGAUCAGAAGAUAUGAGCAUUGCAUGAAGUGGUAGAGCUAGAGGGUGACACGUGGACCUAAUUGUUUGCUAACGUGGCUGGUGCAACAUAAGGUGACACGUGUAAGAAACCCAGUACAGGUUGCAUUCGGUGGAAGAUUUUGGCGGGCAUGCAUAUGUUUUAUCUAUAUAAUCUCUUUUCUUCUGGCUCUGUCGGUCUUCACCGUUAAUCAGUCUCUGCAUAUAUUUCGUCAUCUGAAGUUUCCGCUUUGCUCAAAGGUGAUUGUGAACCCGAAAUCAGGGAAAAUGGCACAAUUGAGGGACGAGUAUGGGAACCCGGUGGAGCUGAGGGACGAACUCGGCAACCCGGUUCAACUCCGAGAUGAACACGGCAACCUUGUUCACAUCAAAGGGGUGGCAACCACCGGCGGUGGCACCGAAAGGAGGGAAGACGAAGGGCCACCGUCUUCGGCGGCAACUACCGGCCCUCGUACCCUGAGGAGAGAAGGGGAAGGGCCGGUGGAGACCACUCACCAUCAUACGUUGGGUGACGUCCUGAAGGAUACUGGUCAUGCAACUGAGCGGACCGCUGGCGAUGCCCUGAGGACUACAGGUCACGCCACAGAGCGAGCCGCUGCCGGCACUGCAGUUGUCGGAGGCGGGAUUCUCAGCGGUGCUGCUGGGGUCACCGGCCAAGAUUACGCGUCAUCGACUGACGCGAAUACAACCACGACAACAGCUCCGGCGUAUCCUGAACAUCAUGAGAAGAAGAGUGUUAUGGAGAAGAUCAAGGAGAAAUUGCCUGGCCACCGUGGGCAUGAUCAGCUUAAUCAUUAAAGAGGAAUGCGUGAUAGGUUUUUGUUUACAGAGACUUGUAUCCCCUGUUUUCUGGUCUAGCCACCACCCUCUAGAAUAACAACACCCCUUUUGUCCUUACUGUAACAACAAGGGUAUAAGGGUAAAAUUACAAGAAAAUUAAAAAAUAAAA